UAAGUUGUGUCUCUAAAAAGUCGUAAUUCAUAUAAGACUCUUCCUCGACACAAAAAUCUCCCUGAGUCGUCGCUCGUUAAAAUUUCUAAUUUAGCCGGCUGACUGGACUAGAACAAAAAUGGAAUCAACUUCAUCUUGUUGAAAUGGAAUCAUCUUCGUCUUGUUGGAAUAAGUUUUGCUUUCUGCGAGGAAAGAAACAGAUCAUGAACAAGAAGAGAAAAACACAAGGAACUGGAGAGAAACAGGAAAAUCCAGAAAAGAGGCUCAUAUGCAGCAGGUCAACUGCUACUGCUGCUACUACUACUUCAAUUGCUGAACUUCCUCCGGAAGUGAUUUAUGAGAUCCUAACAAGAAUAUCAGUAGCUCCACUUCUUAGUCAUUGUCGAUUAGUUUGCAAGGAAUGGGAGAGGUUAACUUACAAUUCUGAAUUCAAACUCAUUCACUCCCAAAGGACUCCAACUAUUUCAGGUUACUUGAUUCAGAUAUCAAACCCAAGGGAAGAACACUUCAGCUUUGUUUCGUUGGUAAACCAAUCCCCUGCACUUCCGUCUCCUACACUUGAUUUCUUACCAGGGCAUGUAGAAAUCCUAUCCUCAUCAUCCCCUCAUGGUUUGCUUUCUUGUGUCAGUUACAGCAAGCAAGCUGGCACUUCAUACUACAUUUGCAAGCCAUCCACGGGAGAAUCCCGAAAGAUUCCAAGCCCUAAGACAAAUCAAUAUCUAACUCUCAAGACUGCCAUUGUUGUUAAAAAGUCUAGCAGCCCUAUGCAUUAUAACAUAAUUCGCUUCUCCACUUCUCCUGGUUAUCUUGUGUAUCACUGUGAGAUAUUCGACUCAGAAAGCUGGGAAUGGAUAAUGCUUGACAACAUAAUUGUUGGUAGCGACGAUGAUCAAUUCAAACCUUCUUCUUUUCUUGGAUCAGCGACUGAUCCUGGGAUUCUCAUACAUGGAGCCAUUCACUGGCUAUCAUAUGACGGACACAUUACGGCACUAGACACCAAUAUUUACGGUGGAAGUUGGAGGACCAUUUCACAACCAAAUGAAAAACUGGAAGAUGCCGGUGGCUGGGGUGUUGAGAAGAAACUAGUAGAAUGUGAAGGAGAAGUAGGCUUGCUAUACCUUGAAUUGUUUGAAAAAUGGCUGGAGCUUUGGGUGUUAGAAGACUACUCUUCAACAGAUGAAACAAAAUGGUGCAAGACAUACAGAGUAGACCUGGGACUCACUAACCUCGGACUUCUUGGAUCUGGUAAAAUACUACUCGACUUGUAUACCAAACAUAUCAUUCUAAUGAAGAUUGAGAAUGAUAUCAUUUGGUAUGAUUGCAAAACUGGAACCAAAACUGUGGCCCUUCAACUUCAACCUGGAUUUUCAGUUCUACAAGUUCACCAAAUUUACUCUGAUUUACUUAAUUGCUUUCUUUGAUAUACUUUUUUUUUUUGGAAGCAUGUUCUCUUUGUUUAUACACUUCAAAGUGGGUUUGUAAAUUUGUGAAUAAAAAUUACAGUACUACAAUAACUUGUGGGCUUUGUAAUGCUAGCUAACUGAGGUUGAUUUUUCUUAUUUAUAUUUGUGAAAA